ACAGGGCAUCACCUUCCUCAUAGGGAGGAAUUUCUUCCCAAUAUCCCAUCUAACCCUGCCCUUGUAAUCUUACAUCAGAUCCCACAGUUUGGGUUUUUUUGAAUCAUUGGUGCCAUAUUUCCAGCUCCUGUGCUGCAUUGGAUUAAAAAAUUGGGCAGGUGAGACUGAACCAGUUCAGACUGUGAAUUUACACCUUGCUUUGCAGGCAGUCCCUGACAGUGCUUAAGGAAUUGUGCCCAGAUUUCCCCUGCAGCCAAAGGCUACGUUCAGCCAUAACUGUCUGUCCUUCAGUCACAGAGCCUGUGUGUGAACAUGGGGAAAUCAGUGUUGGCUGCUGUUUUUACCUGGAAAUACAGAUUCCAAAAUGCUCUCAUUUUACAGAAAAGCUUUGCUGGCUCUGCUGUGGUGGCAGUGCCAAUUAAGCUGGGAGAACAGAAAGCACAGGAGUCUCACAGACUCUCUCAGUCUCACAGAAGUGAGCUCUAAGAAGUGUCAUGAAUAAAGGUGGCAGAGCAUAUCACAAAAUCUGCUGUACCACCUAGAAAGGGAAGAGGACUGAGCUGUCCAUGUUAAUAUAAUUCAUCUUUGAGCUUGCUUGUGAUCCCUGGAGCUGCCUGGAGCAGUGCCCAGUGCUGGCACCCUGAGUUUGGGUGCCAUCAAAGGGUAUUUGGUCAGUGCCUGGUGGAGAAUACAAACAGCUCUUCACCUGCCACCUGCAUCACAGCUACCUCCCUUAGUGAUGGAGUCAGUCUUGGAGUUUUAGAUGAGAUCCUUUCAUUCCUGUCACCAUAAAGGAGUGCAGCUUUGUUAUUUUAUCUCCCCCAUGGUUUCAGACCGAUGAUGAAGGAGAAGCUGCAGCAGGGGAUCACGGUGGUGGUUGACAGAUACGCCUUCUCUGGAGUGGCCUUCACAAGUGCCAAAGGGAACUUUGGCCUGGACUGGUGCAAACAGCCUGAUGUUGGACUCCCAAAGCCAGACCUGAUCCUGUUCCUCCAGUUAAACCCAGAAGCAGCAGCAGAACGAGGCAACUUUGGACAGGAACGUUAUGAGACCAGCUCCUUCCAAGAGAAAGUUCUUCAGUCCUUCUAUUGCCUCAUGGAGGACAAGUCCCUAAACUGGAAGACAGUGGAUGCUUCAAAGAGCAUUGAAGACUUGCACAGAGAAAUCAAGUCCAUUGCAAAGGAAACUAUGCUGGAUGUUCAGAAUAAACCCUUGGGAGAACUCUGGAAAUGAAACUUCAUACAGGUCAAAAAGAGUAAGGUCAAAAUGCAACGGUCACUUCUUGGAUCUUCUGCACUUGGAUGACUGACACCCCAGCAGCUACAGCUUAGAUCCUGUGUAUUCUUUUGGGUCCAACAUGCUGCUGAUGUCCUUAUUAUCUGUUCCUCCCUUCCAGCCUGCAGAGUCCCUUCUGCAUUUUUUAAAUGAGUAUGCCAUGAGUGUGUAUCAAAUUCCUUGUCAAAACCUCCCUCUCCCAAGCUCCUGUUCCAGCUCCACUCCUGGAGUGCAGGGCCAUCCCUGGACACGACAGUUCCCAUUUUUAGGGAAUUGCCACGUUUCUGAUCAUUCAUCCUCUCUAGAAAGUGCAUCCCCCCCAUGCUAAAACCAGUUUGUAGAGGAUUUGCUAAUAAAUUACUCUUUUAAGCA